GUGGUCCAUGGUGGGCGAAGCAGCAGGGUGUUUGACGGCUACUUAACGGAGCCCAAAAAUCCUUGCUUUUGCCUUAUCUUCCUUCCAAACAAAUCUUUCUCUUCUUCUCUUCUCUGCUCUGCGGCCGUUGAGUCUCUCUGCCCAGAUAGACCAAGAGAUUCAUAUUCCGACCCAAUCGAUCAUCGAUAACCCAUUCGCCGCUCUCUUCUUGUUCAGCCGUGUAAAAAAUGGCAGCUGAUCAGAGGAGAAAGCGAAUGAACAAUGCCAAUGUUAUUGGUUUCAGUUCUAGGGAGCAUUACCGAGCCAAAAGGAAAAAGAUUGGUUCACCAGAUGGUGCUCUACGUUCGGGAGAUCACAUCAGUCUUGAAUGGGACGGCAGCCGAAGUAAAGUGAUCUCUAAGAGGGAACAAGUUGGCCUAAGUUUGAGACAUCUUCGCGAAUUUGUUGAUUAUGUUCCUCCUAGGCGGAAUCUCUUGGCACAAGUAUGCCCCGUCCCUCAUGAAACUUUCCAGUUGGAAAAUCUGUCUGAGGUGCUUUCUAACGAGGUUUGGCGGGCUUGUCUAUCUGAUGGCGAAAGAAAUUAUCUUCAGCAAUUCCUCCCCGAAGGAGUUGAUGUGGAGCAAGUCGUACAAGCAUUGCUUGAUGGGGACAAUUUUCAUUUUGGAAAUCCUUUUCUUGAUUGGGGAAAAGCCGUCUGCUCCAGUAAAGCUCAUCCAGAUCAGAUUGUUUCUCGGGAGAAAUGCCUGAGGGCUGGUAAAAGAAGACAUUACUCGGAUUUAGAGAAAUACCAUAAUGAUAUUAUAGAUUAUUUGCUGAUGUUGAAGGAGAAAUGGGAAAGCUGCAAAGAUCCAGAGAAGGAUGCUGUUAAGAAGAUGUGGGGGAGAUCAAGAGGAGGCAAUGCACAUGUAAACGGUAGCUGCCAGGAAUUAACUGCUGCCUCGGAGUCUAGUUCCUGGAAUGCAGACGAUUUACCAUGCAGUAGUGAUAAUAAGAUUUCUUCCAUGGGGAGGACUGGAGAGGUUCAGAAAAGGUCUAAGAGUUCUGCUAUAGAGAAAGAAAAAUCUCAAAGUCCUUUGAUUGCUCAAGAGAAUGUUGCAAACGUGGGCGUGAAAGCUAGAAAAAAGGAUAAGCUACCGAAACAUAGCAUUCAGCAAACUGAUGGUGCUAAAUACAUGUCCUACCUUAAGAUAAGCAAGAAGCAGCAUCAGAUUGUCACAAGCAUGAAGCAGUCUGGUAAAAGCAUUCAGUCGAGAGCACUUAUUCGAAUCUUGGGUAACAUCAACAAUUUGGAUGUUCAACCAUACGGAGUGUUCGUGGAAGAAGAACAGAAGAAACUGAACGCUCACUGGCUGCAACUGGUUAAAGAUAUUCCUGCAGCAUACGCAAUCUGGAAAAAGCUACAGCUACAGAAACGAGAUAUAAUCAACUCUGUGGAAAUGGAACUGAAGGAAAAACUCAAUCCAUGGAUGGAGGAUAGUCAACAACUUCACCCUGCAGAAAAUCUUCUGCAGAAGCAUGAUGUUCAACUAGACUUGAGGAAGAACGAUCGAGAAAGUUUGAAUCCAAAUCAAAGUGGUGAUUUGGCACCGGACUUUCAAGAUUCUGGAAGUUUUGGUCAAGUCUCUGUGAAGAAUCACUCCCUUUCGAAGGAUUCUUCGUCUGACGGUGACCAACUCACAGAUUCAGGUCGCUGCUUGCAAGUUGGUACCUACCCCUCACAUGUUUCCUCACCAGAUUGUGAUAAUGGCAUCAAUCUGGCUGAGAUAGAAGGAAAACGAUAUUCUUCUCCCAGCAGUUGUCAUGGCCUUAAUCGAAAUGAUGUUGAAGCAAAUGAUUAUUCCAGCUCCAUUCAAGGCCAGCCUCUCCCACAGGCUUCAUUUCCUAGGGAGCCCCACGCUUCGAAUGUCGAAGAUAUAAUUCCUGUAGGCAGAAACUGCGUACCAGAACUAGAGAACACUUCAUCAGACGAGAGGAUUCCUUGUAAUACUUUGAGCCGUGGAGAAGAGUUGCAGUUUUGUUCUGGUGGAGAUGUGUGGCAGCCAGUGGGAGGAACUAGGCAGUCCUACAUUGGCCGCCAAGCUUAUACCCCUAGUGGUGGAUUGCCAAUCAUACACCAUCGUGAAGGUGGUGAAGAAGAGAAAAACUGUUUCAUAGAACUAGGAUCGGACAUGCCUGAAGAAGUUGAUAGAAGGAAGAUGUUGCAGCAGAAAGCAAACAACAGUUCUGGUUCUUUCCCUAACGAUGACCUGCUCCAGUCUUUGUUUAAAGGCCAAGGCGUGGCAUCUCGCACCACUGAGCAGCUUCACUCUCUUCUAAAAGUUCCGCUUAACGAGGAGCAUAAACAAAUUAUGGACAUUGGUUUACAGCAGGAAGGAAGCAACAAUCUGAUGGAGGGCAGUCAAUUUUCUGGUCAGUUCCAGCAUCAGAUAACUGUACCACAAGCACUGCCCCAGGACCAGCAAAGACAGGUUGAUAUAUAUGGCCAAGGAACCAUGUCAGACAAUAUUUAUUGCGAUGGACGUGGAUUCUUGAUGCAGCGGCCGGACUGGAACACCAGUGUUGCUCAGAUUGGUGUCUCCACACAGCCCUUGUUGAACACUGGCCCUUUGUUAAAUCAAAACUGGCAAUUCAAGAGCAUGUGGGCAAACACAAACGGCGUUGUAUGUGCAAGCCAAAGCAGUCAUAAUGGGACCGAGAGAGAUCUGAAUCUUCUCAGAGCUGCUUCUAACGCGGAGCAGAUGAUUCAUAGGGGAAGUAGUUCAGAUCAAAGCUUAUUCUCUGUUCUCUCUCAGUGCAGUCAAUUGCGCCGUUCCAGAUCUGCUUUUGAGCCAGAAAGUUCGAGCGAUCAAGUGGUUGCAUCUGGUAACUACGAAAUGCUGAUGGGGGGAGGCACCACUCAGGUAGGCAGCAGCUUGGCUCUGCCUACGAACCCGCUUGAUUACUUGAGCGGUAGCAACCCGGCAACAUCUUUGAUGCCAGAUGAUGUAGCGUGGAUGAACCAGAGUCGCCAGAACCCUAGCCUCCAUGACCCACUAGGCAAGCUGUAUCCAAGGGCAUGGAAUCCAUAACCAUGUUUGUGAAGUUUUGCAUUGUAGAAGACGCACCUGGUCAUCAAAAAAGAUAUACAAAACCCAGCAUGGGUUUCUUAGUUUUCGUCCUUUUUUUUUAUUUGCCUGUACAUACAAAGAUACAGAGAAGCUUUUGUUUUGUACAUAUUUAGGUUUUGAGAUAUGGGCUAGGAACAAAGUGAGGAUACUCCAGCUCCCUUUUUAUUUUGUUUUUUACAUUGUCUUUUCACCUUCUCUCUAAAGAUAGUGAUUGUUUAAUUCCUUUUAGCACAAAAAUGUUGGACAAUACCAAUGUCUUUUACUUUGUUUU